AACCCGAAUAAACCGGAGAAGCUCCAGCUCCUACCGGACUCUACCCGUUUCUGCCGGACUCUACCGGACUCUACCGGACUGUGGACCCGCUGCGGCUCGUAGCAGGAGCAGCUGCAGGCGGAGGAUCAAGCUGUAGAUGAGACUCACCUCCCACUGACCAUCUGGAGGAAGUUCAUCAUUUAGCCAGCACUUCCUCCAGCCCAGUGCACCAUGGGAUCUGCAGUCUUCUUCGUGCUCCUCCUCUUCCUUGUGACAUCAUCAGUGUGUGCUGGGCUGGGCGUGGCCAGCCAAGGUGGCGCUGUGCUGUGCCCUCUGCAGUGUGUGUGUGAGACGCGGCCAUGGUACACGCCACAGUCUGUGUAUCACCAGGCCAAGACAGUGGACUGUAAUGAACUCCAUCUGCAGAGAGUACCAGCCAACAUCUCAUCUGACACACAGGUGCUGCUGCUGCAAAGUAACAACAUCUCAUCCAUCACUACUGAACUACAGAGCCUGACCAACCUGACAGAGCUGGACCUGUCACAGAAUCACUUCACCCAGGUGAGCUCUAUGGGUCUGUCCUCUCUGGGCCGGCUAGUCACUCUGUACCUGGAGGAGAAUCACAUCGAGGAGUUGGAGGACUUCAGUCUGAGGAACCUGUCCAGUCUGGAGGAGCUCUACAUCAACCACAACCACAUCUCCUCCAUCGGACCAAAAGCCUUCGCCGGCCUCACCAACCUGCUGCGGCUCCACCUGAACUCCAACCGGCUGGUGGCGAUCGACAGCCGCUGGUUCGAGUCCCUGCCAUCCCUGGAGAUCCUGAUGAUCGGGGAGAACCCCAUCCUGGGUCUGGAGGAGAAGAACUUCCUGCCCCUAUCCCGCCUGCACAGCCUGGUGCUGGCUGGAAUGGGACUGGCCUCCGUCCCCUCCGCUGCCUUCCUGGGCCUGGACUACCUGGAGAGCCUCUCCUUCUACGACAACCGGCUCAGGUCUGUGCCCCGGGAUGCCCUGAGUGUACUCCCUAACCUGAAGUUCCUGGACCUGAACAGGAACCCAAUCAGCAGAGUCCAGCAGGGAGAUUUCCAGAACCUCCAGCACUUGGAGGAGCUCAGCCUGAACAACAUGGAGGAGCUGCUGAUGGUGGAGCGAGCUGCUUUCCAGAACCUUCCUGAAAUUGCCAAACUGGAGAUCUGCAACAACCCACGGCUGUCGUACAUUGACCCUCAGGCCUUCAGUAACCUGUCCUCCCUCCGGACUCUCCUUCUCCAUAAUAACCAGCUUAGCCUCCUCUCUGGAGACCUCCUCUCCUCCCUCCCAUCCCUGGAGGAGGUGUCUCUUCACUCAAACCCCCUGCGAUGUGACUGUCUCUCCUCCUGGGGGCCUCACCUCGGAAACCAAUCACAUCUCAAGCUUCUGGAGUCAUCUGUCACUCUCUGCUCCUCCCCACCUCACCUCAUUGGUCGGGAGCUGCAGGAGGUGGUGGCGGUCGGGUGGGGUGCAGCCGGCGGGGGCGGGGCCAACAGCUGCCUGCCUCACAUCUCACCUCACUCCUUCCCAACGGCCAUGAAUGUCAGCGCUGGGCAGCCAAUUACACUAGAGUGCUGGGCAGAUGCUGACCCCGCCCCCCAGUUCUACUGGGUAACGCCCACUGGAGACAAGGUGAGCUCUGAGGCAGUGGCUGCACCAAUCAUAUCAGAGGUGGGGCGUGGCCUGACCAGGAAGAAGAAGAAGCAUCGUGUGUCGGACCCCGGAGCGUUGGUGAUCGAACACGCCGAGCCGUCAGACACAGGUGUGUAUACCUGUGUAGCGUGGAACAUGGAGGGAGCAGACACGAAGAGCGUCUCAGUGUUUGUGGACUCUCUGGGGUUUGUGGGCUGGUGGUUGGACGGGGAGACCCGGUGGGAUGGAGAGUCCAGCAGAGAGCAGCCCUGGCUGGGGAGCUCGUCCAGCCCUGAAGCCUCUCUUGUGGUUCUGGCUAAGGUGGUUCACGCCCAGUCGGUGGUGUUGGAGUGGAAGUUGUAUCCCAGUGGAGGAACUUCGUCUGUGGGUCAGAGCCAGCAGGACACCCCCCUCCCUCUGCCCCGGUGGACCAGCGCCACUGUGCACAUAGACAACCCUCAGAUCAGCUACACUGCCAAAGUCCCAGUCGAUGUUCAGGAGUAUAAUCUGACUCACCUACUUCCUGCCACAGAGUACCACGUCUGCCUCACCGUCUCCUCCUCGCCUCCCUCCGUCACCCCUCCCUCGUCCCCUCCCAGCUCCUCCCCCACCCCCACCUCUUCUUCCUCCUUCCCUUACUCCCCCUCCGCUCCUGUCCACACCUCCUGCCUGAACAUCACCACUAAGGAGGCGGGCUUCUCUGUGGAGCUGGUGGCAUCACGUCGCAGCAGUGUGGCGUUGGCGGCCGUUAUGGGCUCCAUGUUUGCUCUGUCCAUCAUGGCUCUGCUGGUGGUCUACAUGGGCCGUCGUGUGCAGCAGCACAAAUCCUGCGGCCACUCACUGAAGAAGUACAUGCAACACGCCACGUCCAUCCCACUGAAUGAGCUGUACCCACCACUCAUCACACUGUGGGAGAGUGAGGCCGAGAAAGACAAGGACGACAAAGAGGAGGAAGAGGAGAGGCAAAAGCUCAAUGUUGGCGAGUCUCAGCAGGUUUUUUGA